AUGGCGGAUAAGAUGUUGGAGAGAUGCCGUAAAUGUCAUUUGCACGCUAACGGGACACAUUCUCCUCCUAUUGCUCUGUCAAUAUUAUUGUUGCUCUGGCCUUUUGCACAGUGGAGCCUUGAUCUCAUCGAGAUACUGCCAACGACACCCGGGCAGUUUAAAUAUGUAAUAGUGGUCGUUGACUACUACACGAAGUGGGUAGAGGCGGAUCCCCUGGAGAAGAUAACCACCGAGUGUGUGAAGAAUUUCUUGAUGAAAAAUAUACAUUGCAAAUUCGGGGUCCCAGAGACAAUAGUCACGAACAAUGGAACACAAUUCAACAACAACCAUCUGAUUGAGUUCACGAAUGACAUGGGCACCAAGAUGGUCUUCACAUCGGUGGCACACCCAUAG